AUGCCUUACGGAAAGGUACACGAAUUUGAUCUACAUGGUCGAGGGAAUUGGGACGCGUACGUACGGCUCGUGGAACAGUAUAUUUUACUGAAUGAAAUAAAAGAAGAGUUCCGCGUGGCCACGUUAGUAACGCACGUCGGCUCUGCGACCUACGAAUUGAUGUGUGAUCUGUGUGCACCUGACCAUCCAGAAACAAAGGACUUCAAAAGCCUAGUGGAGCUUGUAAAAAACCAUUUGGAUCCUAAAAGGUCAGAAAUAGCCGAGAGGCAUAUUUUUCGACAGCGGCGGCAAGCGGAAGGCGAAGCGAUUGGAGUUUUCCUGCAAAAUUUAAAACAUCUUGCGACAUAUUGCAACUUUGGUACAAAGCUGGAGGAAAAUAUACGCGACCAAUUCGUUUCGGGCCUCAGAAGUGAAGAGAUGAGGUCGCGCUUGUUCGCGGAACCCACAUUGGAUUACAAAAAGGCGGUGGAGUUGGCGCUCGCAUUGGAAGCGGCCGAGCGGCACGCCGAGACAGCGGCGACCGGCGGCGGCGGUGGCGGGGCGCCGGCGGCAGGACUCGGGCAGGGCGCGGCCGGCCUGCACCGCGUGGGCCAGGCGCCCGCGGCGGCCAAGCGGCGGCCCGCUUGCUGGCGCUGUGGCCGGGACGGACACGCGCCUAACAAGUGUCGCUACAAGACAUAUACUUGCAACCUGUGCAAGGACAAAGGACACUUGUCUACAGUGUGUAAGAAAAGUGAAAGUGCCGGCAGGUCAAAGUAUCAGAACUACAUUGAUGGUGAUAGUUCGGACGACGAUAUGAGUGAUGGUAUGUACAAGAUUCUAUCAGUAAAAAGUAAGAUAAAAGAUGGACCUUAUCAUUGUGAACUUAAGGUUGACAAUUGUAAUAUUUUAUUUGAAAUUGACACGGGCAGUAGAAUAUCGGCGAUAUCAAAACAAUUCUACGAUAAACAUUUUUCAUAUUUAAAUUUGCAAAAGAAUGACGAUAGGUUCCAUUCAUAUACGAGAGUACCCAUAAUUCCACUGGGGUACAUCAGUGUGCAUGUGACGAGCGGGAGUGAGUCAGCUGAUUUACCGUUGUUUGUUAUUGAGGACGGCGGCCCGCCCUUGUUAGGCCGAUCUUGGUUGCGUAAAUUAAAUCUCGCUUCGAUUAAAAUAAACAAUAUAUCUGACAACAAUGACCCACUGGUGCUUAAAUUAAAAAAUGAGUUCCCAGAGGUCUUUGAUGACAGAUUAGGUACUUUUAAAACAAAAAUACACUUGCAUUUGAAAGAUAGUUCUCCGAUAUUCUGCAAAGCCCGGCCGUUGCCAUUAGCGCUGCGUAUGCCAGUCGAACGUGAGCUUGAGAGGUUGCAAUCAGAAAAUGUUAUUUAUAAAGUCGACACCUCUGAAUACGGGACGCCCAUUGUUCCCGUAAUCAAGCGCGACGGUUCGAUUCGCAUAUGCGGUGACUACAAGGUCACUGUAAAUAAGUGUUUAAAAGAGUUUCACUACCCCUUGCCCCGCAUUGAACAACUAUUUGCUGCUUUAAGUGGAGGGGAAAAGUUCACUAAAUUAGAUUUAAAGAACGCAUAUUUACAGCUGGUUCUCGAUGAUGACUCACAGCCUCUAACCGCUAUAACAACACAUGUAGGUACUUUCUUGUACCGACGGGCUCCAUUCGGAAUAAAGUGUUUGCCUGAAAUAUUUCAAAAACUAAUCGAAGAGACGCUUAGCGGGUUAGAGGGCGUAGUGGCCUUUAUCGAUGACAUUUGUGUUACUGGUAGAAACAAAGACCAUCAUAUGAAAAAUUUGAAAGCGGUUUUAACUCGACUGAGGGAAGCAGGGUUGCGUAUUAAAUUCGAAAAAUGUGAGUUCUUUAAAGACGAGGUUUGUUACCUCGGAUAUAGGAUAAAUAAAAAUGGCCUUCAUACGGACAAAGAUAAAAUAGCCGCCAUUGAAAAUUUACCUGUGCCACAAAAUGUGUCACAGCUCAGAGCCGCAUUGGGUCUUGUCAACUAUUAUUCACGAUUUAUACCCAAUAUCAGUACUAUUUUACACCCACUGUAUGCUCUACUUGCCAAGGGAAACCGGUGGCAGUGGACACAUUUGUGUGAUCAGGCUUUCAAACAAGUCAAAGGUGAGUUGCUAAACAGUCCAGCGCUGGCACAUUACGAGCCGUCGCUGCCGCUGGUUCUCUGCGUGGACAGCAGUGCCUAUGGACUGGGCGCUGUGCUGGCUCAGCGGUAUCCUGACGGGACCGAGCGCCUCGUGUGCUGCGCGUCGCGCACGCUUAGCGAGACCGAGCGACGCUACAGCCAGAUAGACAAGGAGGCAUUGGCCAUCGUGUACGGAGUGAACAAGCACCACCAAUACCUAUUUGGCCGUAAGUUUACCCUUCGAAGCGAUCACAAAGCGCUCACAUACAUUUUUGGUCCGAAGCAUGGCAUACCUCAGACGGCCGCGAGCCGCUUACAAAGGUACGCAGUUCGACUGGCAGCAUACGACUUCACCAUAGAAUUCGUAUCGACGGACAAAAACGGUAAUGCGGACGGUCUUUCCCGUCUACCGCUCCCUGCAGGGUCGAGGAAAAAUGACGAAGACGACGCGGCAUAUCUACACUUCGUGGAAGAAACUUUCCCUCUUAGCCAUAGGGACGUGGCGAGGGAAACAAAAAAAGACAUUACACUAUGCAAAGUGUACGGGUACGUCAUGAGCGGGUGGCCUUCAGAUACGGAAAUCGAAAAUGAAAAACCUUAUUUUCACCGCAAGGACACGCUGCACAUCGAUCAUGAUUGCAUAGUAUGGGGGUAUCGGGUAGUUAUCCCCAGCAGUCUGCGGGCACAGGUGGUGGAGGAGGUUCACGCCGGUCAUGUAGGUAUGGUGCGCAUGAAACAGAUUGCACGAGGCUACGUGUGGUGGCCGGGACUGGACGCCGACCUGGAGCGGCGCGCACGCUCCUGCGACGCCUGCCGCGCUGAGUUGGACGCGCCGCCGCGCGCUACGCCCGCGACGUAUGCCUGGCCCGCCGAACCCUGGGUUAGACUUCAUGCCGACUUCUUACAUCAUAAUGGUCGAACUUAUUUCCUCCUUAUCGAUGCCCAUUCGAAGUGGAUCGAAGUAUUCUCAAUGACGAGCGGCACGACAGCCGCGCACGUGACGCUCAAGUUGCGCGAGGUCUUCGCGAGGUACGGGUUACCCAUACAACUCGUCACUGACGGCGGCCCACCAUUUACGUCCCACGACUUCGAAAUGUUCUUACAAAAAAAUGGCGUCUUCCACGUUGUCACAGCUCCAUACCACCCGUCAAGUAAUGGAGCCGCAGAAAACGCAGUCAAAACUAUUAAAAAGGUACUCAAAAAGGCCAUAACCGAAGGUGAGAACGUAGAAACCGCCCUUUUAAAAUUUUUACUGCAGUAUCGCAAUAGCCCGCACAGCAGCACGGCACGCGAGCCCGCCGUGGCAAUGCUGGAGCGGCGGCUGCGCACGCGCCUGGACCUGCUGCGCGCCGGCAGCGCUGCGCCCGCCGCCCGCGUGCAGGCGGCGCAGAAUGCACAGCUGCGCCACGCCGGCGGGACCACGCGCGAGCUACGCCAAGGGGACCAGGUAUUGGUUAGAAAUUAUUCUAAAAAUGGUCCAAAGUGGACAGAGGGCUCAGUAACAGAGCGCACUGGCGCUGUGACAUAUAAUGUGAAGGUUGGCGAACAAGACGGGAGCAGACACAUAGACCAACUUAUCAAAAGAAAAGUAGUACGUUACUCAUUACCCAGUGACAAUUUAUCUUCUGAACCCGAUAUUCCCCUGCCUUCACCGAGCCAGCAAAAUGAAAUUCUCUCCAGACCAGAGUCCCCAGAAUUUAAAGAUGCAGAAGCAUUGUAA